AUGCCCUCGGCGGCAUCGGCAUCGGUGGCAUGCUGUCCGGACACUUCCAGGAGCGACCGGCGCGCCGCUGACCACGCGGGUGCUACAAACCGAGAAAGUGACGAUAAUAUCAGCACAUUUGCCCCAACAAUGAUUAGUAACAUCAGCGACACGACCGCAGCUGCGCGGCCCUUGACUUCGGACAUGAUUUCGUUCACUGCGACGGUGGUGCGAGCCCCGACUUCCGGCAACACUCGUCCGUCCACAAGCUCGGGCGACGUCUGGACGCCCAAGCCCAGUGACAUUCCCCCGCCUGGAAGACGCAGACGGAGGUUUACUCUUCAUCGCAAGGACACGCAGGAAGAAGAAGAGAAUUGCCAGCACCACAAGAAAGUGGCAUUGUUGCAUCAGUCCCGUCCCUUCAGCGAGAUAAAAAUCGAAUCGACUGUCGAAAGGAUGAGCAGCGAGUUGUCCAAGAAUGGGUACAUGUAUUCGCGCGGCAGCUUCGAGAGCGACCCAACGUUAAUGGACAGAAGAAAUCGCUAUAGCAGCGCCACAAAUCGAGGUAGCAGAGUGCGCGCUUGGAGUCGAGCGCUGAGUGUGUCGCAUGACUCGGAUAGAGACGCCUCGACAAUUGCCGCCAUGGUCACUGCCACACCUGAUACGGUGUGGAAUACCUUUUUGAAGACUGUAGGCAACUUUGCCGACGAACCAGCACUCAGUGGCCGCGAGUUUCAGACAAAUGUGAAUUUUUCAUGGGCGCAACAUGCUGUUCGAGUGCGAUGUGUGGCAAGAGCAUUUUCGCAACUGGGCUUUUGCACUGGAGAUGGAGUGAUUGUCACUGCGCAAAUGAGUCCUUUGUUGCAAGCAGUGAACCUUGCAACAGUGUCAUUGGGUGGUGUAGUGUCUCACGUUCGUAGUUCAUGGAGUGCACGAGAGCUUCGAGAUGAGAUUUUCCCAAUUGCAAAAGCAACAAUUGUGGUUGUAGACACACUGAAAGAUAAUUUCCGCGAGGCUUUAGAAGCUCUUGACGAUCAGCCCGACGACUUGCGACCUUCUGUUCGGGCUGUGGUGGUUCUCGGCGGGUUUGAUGCAACUGACCGUGCUGUUGCGAGUCUUCACGCUAGUAUUAAUGUCAUUGGCGCUGAAGAUCUCGUAGCAAUCAACUCUCUCGCCACCAAUGAGGCUGCUAUGACACCGUCGAUCGAGUCACUGGCAUGUAGUGUCAUGCCCGACCAAUGCUGCUUCCUAGGCUUCGAUUACGACGCAUUAGGACGCGUCCGAGCCGCAGAAUUAUCACACGACAACGUGCUGUUCACAGCUGCUGCCCUGGUGCGUAGCUUCGGCCUCAAUAUUCGCGAUCGCCUGGUCGGAUACCUCCCACUACACCAUGUGGCGUCGCAAAUUUUAGAGUUCUACGUUCCGCUCGUCGCCGGACUGUCGGUAGUUUGUGCCCCAACGUAUGAUCGCCCACUUGUACGUGUAGUUACCGACCACAAACCCACCGUGUUCUUCGCGACUCCCGCUACAUGGACACGCUUCAGUGAACAAGUGUAUCGAGCCAAAGGUGACGUGAAUGCAGCCAUCUACCGCUGGGCAAAGAUACGCGCUACCAACAACUCGCAGAAAUUACUCUUCGCAAGAGGCAAAGGAGCCAAGCACCGUAGUCUCGGCUACAUGCUCGCCAAGGCUCUUGUGCUGAACAAUAUCAAGAAGAAAGUGGGACUCGAAAGCUGCACCGCCUGUUACUCUCUUUUAGCGCCAUUGGACUUUGAGCUUGAACGCCUUUUUAAGACCGUUGAUACUCCGAUAUAUCAGCUUUUCGGAACUGCUGAAACUUGUGGCUUCGCGGCCAUAAAUUUCCCUCAUGCGUGGGAAUUUGGAAGCUCUGGCCGUGCGUUGCCAGGUACCACUAUCCGCUGUGAUGAGCGCUCGCAAGAGACGGUUUUACGCGGACGUAACGUCUUUAUGGGGUAUCGGUAUGCUCCUAAUAGUGACAACUACGAUGGAAGUGACCAGUUCACGUCCUCGAAUAAUUCGGACGGAUGGCUUCGACUUCGACAACGCGCGUUCCUAACCCCCACUGGUUUCCUUCGGCUUAGUGACCCGAGAGACUUCCUUGUGCUCUCGACGGGCGACUGGGUGCCUGUUCACCCAUUCGAAUUUGCCAUGAAGGAGCUGAUGCCAGAACUGGACCGUGCAGUGCUGGUAGGCGACGGCCGCACCUUUUUAAGUGCAUUGUUCUUCCUCAAGACCAGCACCGGGACGUCUCGAAUUGUUGCUGGCAACAAUAAACACGCAAGUGGUCGACAACUGGAUGAAGAUGCACUUCAAGUCGGCCACGCUAUUGGCAGUCCUGCUACUACAGUCGGAGAGGCUAUUCGCUGCCAGCAAUGGGCAGUCCAUUUUGACUGGGUGUUGGAGAAACUCCCUCAAGUCUGCUGUGUAUCAGGAUCUCGAGUGCGUAAAUGGAUCCUCAUGGCUGCAGAUUUCUCCGUUGAGUCGGGUGAACUCGAUCCAGACACGGGGGACGUUUGCCGUCGCGCUGUGGAUCGAAAAUACCAGGCACUACUUGACUCACUUUACAGCUAAACAAACUACUUCUAAAAGAACUUAUUACCAUAGCAAGAUAAUUGAACAAUAGAAAAAAGAAUGAUGAUCUUUUUGU